UUCAGGCGGCACCCAUGAAAGCCUAUUAUCAAACGAUCCCGCGCGUAUCUGCGGACAGCCUCUCGCGUCCCGGUCGCUGCAGCAUUUUCAAGGCCGACGUUCAACGUUCAGUAGGCUGCGAGCCGCCGGCGGCGCGCCAUGUCCCCGCUAUGACGGCUCCACGACGGACCGACGACAGUGUCGAGUUAUUACCCCUCAAGUCCAUGCUAGUGAACAACAACUACAGGGAAGAUGAAGCAUACUACCCCCCCGCGCCGACCUUCAACCACAACCCCUCCAGUUCCAACCUCUACGACUACACGUUGCUGUCAAAGCGGACACCGGCCUCUAAACGGUUGUUGCGGACUCAGCCGUCACCUGCCCCGCUGCUGACGUUGUGUGGGGCUCCGCCCCCGUCCCGCAAGCGCGAGGAGCUCACAGCGCUCUCCAACCUCAAGAAGAAGGUCGCCCCGGCGCUGCUGCAUCAUGAUCGCAGGACAUCAAGAAACAACAAUAACAACAACAACGACAAAGACGACAACGAACCCGAACAGCUCGACAACAGACCAAAACUUUUACAAAAGGUGCUGCAGUCCAAGCCUGUGAGCAUGGUGGUGCAGUGGAGCGAGGUGCGGACCGCGUGGCAAGACAGCGACUUCAUCACGGAGUGCCUGUGCUGGCACAACGUGUACCGGCAGAGGCACGGCGCGCCGCAGCUCUACAUGGCGCCUGAGCUGUGCGACUACGCGCAAGCCUGGGCCAACCACCUGGCGCACACCAACAAGUUCCACUACCGGAAUGACCGCGACGUGGGGCAGAACCUCUACCAGCGGCCCGUCAGCGACAUACAGCCCGAUGUUACCGGUCAAGAGGUGUCGUCGUACUGGUACGCCGCGGUUCGUCAGUACAGCUUCUUCAAGGAGUCUGACGUUUUGCACGCAAACGUCAACGCAGGUCAUUUCACCCAGAUGGUCUGGGUCGCAACUCGUUUCUUCGGAGUAGGCAAGGCGCGCUCCCGAGCCGGCAAGGUGAUAGUGGUCGCCAACUACUCCCCGCCCGGCAACAACACCGGACAGUUUGAAACCAACGUGCUACCACCCCUCCCCGACAACUUCCCGGACAUACCGCAGCCGGAACAGUGACGACAGUUUUCCAUACGUGGCAGACGGCUGCAGAUCGAUGCCACGUAUAGAAGAUAAGAACUUUCCUUUUCAGAUACAUUCAACAUUCACGAUAACGUUCCGGUGUAACCUCUUAGACUUAAGGGUAAAAACAAAACAGUUGUAAGACCUGUCGUGCUGUAUGGAUCAGAAUGUUGGGCGGUGAAAGGGACGUAUAGUAAACGAAUGCAUGUGAACGAAAUGCGUAUGUUGAGAUGGAUGUGUGGUGUGACAAGAAUAGAUAAAAUAAGGAAUGAGUAUAUAAGAGGAACUCUAAAGGUGACGCCAGUGACAGAAAAAUUGAGGAGUAUAAAGUUAGCUUGGUAUGGACAUGUAAUGCGUAGGGAGGAAAGUCAUAUUACUACAAAAAUGUUGGAUGUGCAAGUGGAAGGACAUAAGAGGAGAGGAAGGCCAAAGAAGAGAUUUGUGGAGAUUGAAAGGUUGGAUUGUGUGAAAGAAGACAUGUGUGUAAAAGGAGUGGAUGAUGAGUUGACGAGUAAUAGAGACGAAUGGAAAAGAUUGACAUAUUUUUCCGACUCCACUUAAAUGGGAUAAGGGUAAGGAGAUGCUGAUUUCAAUAUUUACGAUAAAAUGUUUGCAAUUAUUCAGUUGUACAACGAUUUCAAUUGUGUAUGACAUUUGAUUUGAUAACAUAUAAGCGUUCCGGAGGUUAUAUCGAAUGUACUACUGAUACUGAUAGUAAUAAUAUUAUCAUAAAUCGUGCUUCCACACCUCCUAUGAUCUUCCUAUACGUAUUGCAUUCGGAAUAUUUUGACGGCCUCCGUCGCGCAGUGAUAGGUAUGCGCGGUGGAUUUACAAGACGGAUAUCCUGAGUUCGAUCCCCGGCUGGGCCGAUUGUGGUUUUCUUAAUCGGUUCAGGUCAGGCUGAUGGGAGGUUUGGGCCGUGGCUAGUUACCACCCUACCGACAAAGACGUACCGCCAAGUGAUUUAGCGUUCCGGUACGAUGUCGUCUAGAAACCGAAGGGAGUGUGGAAUUCCAUCCUCCUCCUUACAAAUUAGCCUGCUUCCAUCUUAGAUUGCAUCACCACUUAACAUCAAGUGAGAUUGUAGUCAAGGGCUAACUUGUAAAGAACUUGUAGUAUUGGUUUUUAUAUCGAAUGAUUAAAUCGAAUUAACAUUAACGUCUUCGUAAAACGUGCUUCCACACAUUACCGUUAAGACAAGUUCGAAACAAAAUCAUAGCACAGUUGACAUAGUGAUAGUAGUAUUUUUUAUUCACUGCAGUAUGAUGGUGAUAAAAACAUUAUAGUUACACAAUGAUAGUAUGAGUCUAGUAUGAUAUUAAGUUAAUAAAAUUACCGAGUCCAUACUAUCACACCGAUAUACCGGUUAUCCAGGCAGACAGUAUAAGAUCAUUACUAAGUAUUAUCUACCAACCCACAUAGGUGCAGAAAGUAGACAUAAAUAUGUAUUUCAUUGUACUUACGUAGGAACUACUUACUACUUACCAAAAAUAGGUACCAAGCUGUAGGAAAAAUGACGUUUCAUUACAAAUUGUGUGUACCUACAAGUAACUACCAUGUCAAGGCUAGAUAUAUUGAUAAAGCAAAGAAUAUAUUGAAUCCAUGACUUUAAGGGGAGAUAUUACAGAAAUGAGCGUACAUAGUACAAUCAAAUGCAAUAAUUAUGAUAAUAUCAUAAAGGAUCGUAUAAUAAAGGACUACGUUGAUAAAUUAUAGAAUUUAGCAAUAAAUUGAUAACAUUGGGUAAUAGACCUAUUGAAAAUAUAAUAUUUACGUUGUAUUAACAGGGUUAUAUCAUAAAUAUAAUCGUUGUUAUCAUUUGGUUGAUAUUCAAAAUAUCAUUCAGGUUGUUAAAUAUUAGAAUAAUAUUAUAUACUGUUUUAUUUACGAGUACAGUUGUUUGUAAAGUAAAUAGUUGGUGAACGUAAAUAAAAUAAAUUUAAAAGAUUAUUACAUAAAAAUAUUACUUAAUUUAUUGUUUAUGGUUAAUGCAAUAACUUAAAUAUUCCAAUACCAAGGUUCUAAUGUAGGUUAGAAUUAGGUAUUGUUAGGUAGGUAAUUCAUUUGAGAAAUUAUUCUCAACUGCCGAUUAUAUUAAACUGUUCCUAUAGUUUAAACGAGCAUAGUAAUACUUGUACUAUUAUGUUAACCACAGAACAUUGAACAUAUAACAUAAUAUUAAAAGCCAGCCACGACCAUGAUUAGUCGUUGGCUGUGGUCGCAAAAUCUACGUUUGGACUACGACCACGACAACUACUGGAAAACUAGUAGGUUGUGGUGGUUAAACACGUUACACUGGCUCAAUCACUCGACGCGCGGAGCCAUUAAACCGAAAAGAAGAAGAAGACCCAAGGUGGACCUAAUCACUACUAUAAACUUAAACUUGAAUAAAAUAGAGGUUUAAAUCCUAAUCCUUGUUUAUAAAUAUGACUACUAAUGUUUGACUAAACGGUUCUUACCAAUGAUGACAAGUGCUAAGCUCGUGAACUAUUUGAAUAGUAAAGUCCGUCGCUUCACGCAUAGUUGUACCUAGUUUAUAGUAUAGAUAGUAUUUAGAAAUAACGGUUGUUUUGCCUGAGCUUAUAUUGAUAAAGGUUUUGCUACAUAUUAUGUAACCAUUAUAAUAAUAUACGCACAUUUUUAAAAUAAAUACAUACAUCGAUAUAAACCUGCCAUUGUCCAAAAAAAUGUAGAUAUAUAGAAAUAUUAAUACAUUGUUGUCUACAUUUGAUAAAUCCUAAAAACAGAUUUCAGGGGUCCUAAAUAUUUAAAUGUAAAAUAGCAAGGAUAUAAUUGUUAUUGUUUAUUAAUUUAUUAAUAAACAAUAACAAUUAUAUUUAGUGACACUUAUAGGAAUAAUAAAUCUAUGAUGAUCUAUUAGUAAUACGGCUUAAGAUAUAUAUACCCGCAUCUGUUAUUUAAUUGGGAUAAGAAAUAAAUGAUAGGAAAUAUUUAAUUUGACACAUUGCACAUAGGUUGCCUAGAUAAAUUGCGACCGAUAUUUUUUUUUAAUUUAUUUAAUCCCCUCUCUCAUUGGUUAAUUUAAAAAAUCUAACACUAGUUAGUAGAAUAUACCCAAAAGAAUUGAAAAAGUUACGGUUGCCUGCUUUCACACUGCAACUUUGGGGCUGCCAGAUAUACAUAAACAGUUAAAGUAUAUACCUAACCUCAUCAGUUAUUUAGUCAAAUUAUUAAAUUAUGUCAAAUUAAAGCUUACUCUAUGCUUAAUUUAACUGUAUUACGUUGCCUUUGAUCUAGUUCAGAGUUUCCUAGAUUUUGUAUGAAAAAUGUGUUUGGCCACAAUUUAACUGGCAUUGUGCCUAUUUGCAUUGUGUUAUCCAUUCUGACCAUUAUCUAUCAUUUAUUUCAUAGCACUAAUGAAUAACAGAUGAGGUUGGAGUACAAAUUCUUUGGAUGAGGGUAUAUAUUUAUAAUGCUGGAACUUAGACCAUUUAUUUCCCUUUUAAUUUUUAAAUACCCAAACUUUCUAUCAAGCCUCACUUAAAAAGCCAUCAAUUUGUCUGAUUUAUUUUUGAUGCAAAAUAAGAAAUGUGUAUGUUGUAGUGUACUUAUGGUAUCUAGUCUAUGAUUUUUAGUCCGUAAUCGCUAUCUAGGCAGAACUUGUAAGAAAAAAACAUUAUCAUACGCUCUUCCCUAAACUUGCCUCGUCUUCCUCUAAGGUUGGUGUUAGAAUCUACACUUGUUAAAUUUGUAAUGCAAUACUUGAGCUUUCUAUGUCGUAAGUUUUGAUAAACUUAGUAAAAACUCCUUUCAUUUAAACAGGAUUAGGUACUACGUAUAGACUAGCCUCAGUUGAAAGGCGCUAGGCCGUAGCAACCUGAGGUUUUGUAAAAAAAAAACAUAUUUUGUUGUUUGGUCAGAUAAUAAUGAAAGGUGUUCCACUUUUGAAUUUAAUUCUUAGACUAUAUAACAUUUGAAAUGUUAAAUAAAUGCUAUAGAAUAGUAUAAGGCUAUAGGUUAAUUAUCUAGAUACGAGUACUUAGAUAGGUACCUACUAUAGCUAAAUACCUAUGCUUUUUCCGUUGUUGAUAUCAAAGAAAAUUCCAAGAAAUAAUUCAAUUUAUACUUAGUUGGAUAAUUCAAUAUUAUGUAGGUACCUAUAGUAACAACUCUAAGUAGAUUAACAUAUUAAUCAUAAGCUUAUGAACCAUGAGAGAAAUUUUAAUUUAUAAUUAGAUUUAAACUAGCUUUAUAAAAUAGCUCAUGACAUCGAAUAGGUAGGUAUUUUAUGAUAGGCAAGUUGAUGCUUACUAGGUCAGUAAGUAGGCGUUAAAUAAAAUUCAAGAAAUUCUGUCACUUAACAUUUUGCAUUUCUACAAAUAUUUCUCAAAUAAUUUUUAAUUAAUUGCAAAAGUGUAAGCUAUAUCUGUAAGAGUUUGAACACGCUUAUUCUUAUUGCUGAAUAACCAACUUAUAGACUAAUCUGCUCAAUAGAUUUAUUUUUAUUUUUUUCUUUAUCCACUGUUUUUGAAAUAAUAUUAAUUGUAUAAAAGUUGAUUGAAAGAACUGUGCCAAUUUGUAUAUAUAUAAUAUCUUAUGCAGAGGGCCUUUAUAGUUUAUUUACUAAAGUUUUAUAUUUACUGGGACUUUCAUAUUUUGAAAUACAUAUUAGGACUGCAUUUUAUUUGCUGCAUUAUUAAUAUUAAAAAUAUACUUUGGGUACUACUAAUCCAUAAUUAAUAAUUAAUUGAAUUAACUGGAAUUUUUGAAGAGUAAGUUAGCCUAAAACAAUUUUAUAGACCUAAGCCUAUUUGUUUUUAAUAAAAUUUGCUUAUAAAAAAAUAUUGAUUAAUGUAUACAAUAUUUUAUAAAGUAUAGCACAGUGGUGUAACUAUAACAUCAAAUUUAGAUAACCAGGCGAGAAAGGUGACUAAAAGAAGUGUUAUCCAGAAUAAAUUCACAUGGCUAAGUAGCGUUUUUUUUAGUUUACCUUUCCCACCUGGUAGCUGCCCAGGUGUCACAGAGCAAGUCUCCACAAACAUGCUGAUAUUCAAAGCACACAAGACGCUACUGAAAACCUAAGGUUCUAUCUUUGUGAUAUAAGACGUCAGAUAGCUCUGGGAACUUGGUCUGAAAGUUCCAUGGUAUAUUAUGAAUUUAUUUAUUUAUUGAAUAGGGCCCCAGAAAAAUGGUCACACUGUUACUUUUUGAAUUGUUAAAAUACUUCUAACAUCUCGAGCGGGGGACCUAGUCACUGAUUUUCAGAUCACUUAGACAUUUUAAAAAUAAAAAAAAUAAUUAUAGCCAAUCCGCAAGUAGGUUUGGCUUCAUUUCUUUCUUUCUUUUCUUUUUCUUUUUUCAAAAAGAAUAUUUGCCAUAUCUUUUUAUAAUAUGACCAAUAUUCCCAUUCCCCUCCAACUAGUGGGAAAGACUGUGGUAGGAGUGGGUACAUCAAUAGACCAACAGGGCGAGGAUCGACCCCCCACCCCUCGAUGAUGAAUCUCACCACUCUUACCGUUGAGCUAUUGAGGCUUCUUAUUAGGCUUCAGAUGUAAUGGUGGAACAUUAUCACUACAGACACAAACAGUCAGUUUUACAUCUCAAGCACUUAAUCGUAUUUUCUGUGCUUUUAUUUACAAAGCUUGACUUUUCUUGAAAAAAUCAUCUCUCUAAAAGAAAUGCUUGUCUAUUCUUUCUUUCAAAGUUUGGCUAAACAAAUGGUUGUUAUAGUAUAGUCAUACAAAAUCAGAGAGAAAAAUGUUAUUUGUAUUUAGCUAUAUUAAAUUAUUAUUAUUAUUAAUUAAUCAAUGGCUGUGAAUUGUUAAUUGUUAUACCUAGAUAUGUGGCUUGGCAAUAUUUUAGUUAAAUAAAACAUUCAAAUUAA